AUGAGUAGGAGGGAGAAAAGAGCAGCUCUGCAGUUGGACGGCUUGGUCCACAGCAGGCCAGACGAGCUGCCUGAGCAUGGGGGUUCUCACCAUUUUGUUUUUCUUUCCCUCCCUCCCCCACAUGCCCAUCUCCCACUUGAAGCUGAAAGGGCUGUAUGCACUGAUAGGACCUCAGGAAAAUCCAAGAUGGCUGCCAAAAGAAAAGGCGGCUUGAAGCUGAAUGCUAUCUGCGCUAAGCUGAGCCGGCAGGUGGUCUACGACUCCACCUCCCAGAAUGCCGAGGAGGGGCCCGGCCUAGCAGACAGUUGCGAGAGGGGCAGCCUGUACCACGAGGAAGGUGAUCGGCCUGACGUUGACUACCUGGAGGGCCCAGGCCUCGAGGAUGACCAGCGGCGGCGCGAGGCCAUUGAGCGCUGGGUGAAUGGGGACUACGGCGAGGAGACUUCGCCGGAGGGGGCGCGGGAAAGCCCCCCCGAGGGGGUUUACAUGGUUCAGCCCAAGGGCUGCAGCGAGGAGGAAGACGACGUGGGCGAGGAGCAUGCCAGCCUGCCCGGCUCACGUAACAGCAGCUACCGCGAGGACCGCGACUCGGAAGACACGGGACCCAAAGAGGACAGCUACGCUUCCCCCGGCGAGAACCCUGGCCGCCAGGCCCCUUUCUCCUCUCCUGAGGCAGAUACCAAAAGACCUGUGGUGUCUUGCAAGGCCUCUGGUGGGGGUGUAGGCCCCCCCAGCUCAAGUCAGAGGGCAGUGAAGGGCUCUGGUGAAGGUCAGCUUCAUACCUCAGGCCAGGGGACAAUAGGUGAGGCCCAUGCUCUGCGUGACUACGCUGCCAACACCAUGAACGAGUUCCUGGGCAUGUUCGGUUACGAUGAUCAGCAGGUGCGCGACGAGCUCGCCCGCAAGAUCAGCUUUGAGAGGCUCAAGGUAGCCACCUGUGACCCAGCACCCCCUGGUGGUGAGGAGGUCUCCCGACGAGCUCGAUUUUCCAAGUAUGAGGAGUAUAUCCGCAAGCUAAAGGCGGGCGAGAGCCCCUGGCCCCUGCCCAAGGCUGAGGAGGCCGGCCCCAAGCUGGGCCAGGAGAAGGCCUCGCUGCUGCCAACCCCGAGCUGCCUGCCGGCCUCCGAAGGCCGUCUCCAUGCCUCCGAGGGCCAGGUCUACCCAGCCGGCUCCGACCACAAAGUCGGGGGCCACCUGGGGGGCCCGCCCGCCAGUCCCACACAGAUGCAGGGCCUGGCGUCACGCGCCUCCAAGUACGACUUCUUCAUCCACAAGCUGAAGAUUGGCGAGAGCCUGAGGCCGCCGAACGGCGGCGCCACCUACAGGCGGCCCUCCAAGUAUGAUCUGGAGAACGUCAAGUUCCUGCAUCUCUUCAAGCCCGGCGAAGGGAGCCCCGAUAUGGGUGGGGCCAUCGCCUUCAAGACCGGCAAGGUGGGCCGCCCGUCCAAGUACGACAUCCGAAACAUUCAGAAGCUGAUGCCCGGCAAGCCAGAGCCGGUUCUCCUCCCCAACGUGCUCCAGACACCUCCGGGCAACCCCACGGCCACCCCCCCAGGGGCCAGCGCCACCACCAGUGUGCCCGGGGAUCAGGCCGGACCGCUGGCCUUCAGUGCUGCUGACUACCUGAAGUCCAGCUUUUCCAAGACUGACUCCAUCACCACUGGAACCGUGUCCUCAGUCAAGAACGGCCUGCCACCCGAGAAACCGGUUGCCGAGGAUGGAAACCUCUACCAGAAAUACAUCGCCAGGUUUUCGGGCAGCCAGCACUGUGGCCAUGUCCACUGCGCCUACCAGUAUCGCGAGCACUACCACUGCAUGGACCCGGAGUGCAACUACCAGAGAUUCACCAGUAAGCAGGACGUGAUCCGGCACUACAACAUGCACAAGAAGCGGGACAACUCCCUGCAGCAUGGGUUCAUGCGCUUCAGCCCGCUGGACGACUGCAGUGUCUACUACCACGGCUGCCACCUCAACGGCAAGAGCACCCACUACCACUGCAUGCAGGUGGGAUGCAACAAGGUGUAUACCAGCACCUCUGACGUCAUGACCCAUGAGAACUUCCACAAGAAGAACGCCCAGCUUAUCAACGACGGCUUCCAGAGGUUCCGAGCCACCGAGGACUGCGGCACUGUGGAAUGCCAGUUCUAUGGGCAGAAGACCACCCACUUCCACUGCAGGCGACCUGGGUGCACCUUCACCUUCAAGAACAAGUGUGACAUUGAGAAGCACAAGAGCUAUCACAUCAAAGAUGACGCCUACGCCAAGGACGGCUUCAAGAAGUUCUACAAGUACGAGGAAUGCAAGUACGAGGGCUGCGUCUACAGCAAGGCCACCAACCACUUCCACUGCAUCCGCAGUGGCUGCGGCUUCACCUUCACGUCCACCAGCCAGAUGACGUCGCACAAGCGCAAGCACGAGCGCCGGCACAUCCGCUCCUCCAGCGUGCUCGGCCUGUCCUCCUCCUUUCUGGUGCCCAAGGAGGAGCCAGAGGAGUCCAGCAACGACGACCUGAUGGACUUCUCUGCACUCAGCAGCAAGAACUCCAGCCUGAGUGCCUCUCCUACUGCCCAGCACUCCUCUUCCGGGCAGCCUGUGCCGUCGCUGCCGGCCACACCUGCCACCAGCGCCACCUCCGUCUCCACAGGCCUGACCACCAAGCCCAUGCCUUCGCUCCCCGCCACGGGCCGCAUGUCCAGCCUGCUGAGCCAGGCGCUGCCUGCCAACGUGCCCGUGGCCCUGGCCCUCUCCGGCUCCAGCCCCUUCUUCCCACUCAUGCCACGCCUCCCACUGCAGCUCCCGCCCACCUCCGUGGCCACUGCCGCCGCCACCGGUACCAACACUCGCACCUCCCCCAGCGACUCCCAGAGCAGCUCCGCCCCCGGUGAGGGCAUGAACUCAGCGCCUGGCAGCUUCACCGCCACCUCCAUUGUGGAGAAGAUCUCUGCUACCAAGGGCCUAAUAUCACCCAUGAUGGCCAGGCUGGCUGCAGCAGCCCUGAAGCCUUCUGGAAAUCCAGAGACAGGGAACGGGCCGCCCGCUCCGCCGGGCCGCUUCAAUCCGGUUCAAGUGAAGCAGGAGCCCGCGGAUGGCAGUGCCGGCGCUUCCCAGGAUUCCCUGCAGGAGCACAGCCUGGAUCUGAGCAAGAAGGACCACAGUAAUGACUCAAACGGACACCCCGUACCGGGAAAUGCAUCUCUUUUAUCCUCGCUUAUGAAUAAGAUGUCUCAUGUGAACUCAGGCUUGUUUGGCUCGCUGAACCUGAAGACGGACUCGGAGGGCGCCCUGGGGUCCGACGGCUCCGAGGCGAUGCAGUACCUGAGCCACAUCAUGAAACGACCCCAGCAGGACAAGCCUGUGGAGCUGUGGAGGACAUACCUGCGCAGGUUUGGUACAGAGGACUUCUGUGAGACCCACUGUGACUUCCUGCGCAAGGUUCACUUCCACUGCCUGGUAGAGGACUGCGGUGCUCUCUUCAGCACGGUCGACGGGGCCAUCAAGCAUGCCAACUUUCACUUCCGGGCGACCAUGAAGGUGAAGUCAGAGCCCCACUUCGGCGAGAACAAGGAGCCAGGGGAGGGCGCCCCACCUCAGCCAUCUGUGCCCAUUUCCAUGGCCGCCAUCGCCACCACGGAGGCGGCAGGCUUCUGCUCGUCUGCAUCUCCCUCACUGCUGGCCUGGAAGCAGCUAGCGGGUGCCGUGCCUCCACUGCCUGCCGCUGCUGCCCCCCUGGCCACCACCUCACUGGAGAAUGCCAAGCCCCAGGUCAAGCCGGGAUUCCUGCAGUUCCAGGACAAUGACCCCUGCCUGGCCACAGACUGCAAGUACUCCAACAAGUUCCACUUCCACUGUCUGUUUGGGAACUGCAAGUAUGUGUGCAAGACUUCGGGGAAGGCAGAGUCACACUGCCUGGACCACAUCAACCCCAGCAACAACCUAGUCAACGUGCGUGACCAGUUCUCCUACUACUCACUGCAGUGCCUCUGUCCCAAUCAGCACUGCGAGUUCCGGAUGCGCGGCCACUACCACUGCCUGAGGCCUGGCUGCUUCUUCGUCACCAACAUCACCACCAAGCUGCCGUGGCACAUCAAGAAGCACGAGAAGGCGGAGCGCCGAGCCGCCAAUGGCUUCAAGUACUUCACCAAGCGCGAGGAGUGCGGCCGGCUCGGCUGCAAGUAUAACCAGGUGAACAGCCACUUCCAUUGCAUCCGGGAAGGCUGCCUCUUCUCCUUCCUCCUGAAGCACCAGAUGACGUCUCACGCCCGCAAGCACAUGAGGAGGAUGCUGGGAAAGAACUUCGACCGCGUCCCCUCCCAGGUGGUACCUCAUGCCCACAGGCCAGAUGAGAUGCAGAACAUGGCAAGCCUGUCGGCGGGCGCUGGGGGGGACCGGCCCAGCAUCUCGGGCCUGACAGAUGACGGAGACGAGUAUAUGGACUACCUGGGCGGCGGCAGCCCGCUCGGCCUUUCCUCCGAGUCGUCCAACCAGGACCGCAGCUGCACCAGCACCCCAGGGGGCAACGACAGCUCCCCGGCAGGAUCAGGCUGCCAGGUCCCUGCUCCUGCUGCCAUCGCCCCCGCUGACACUUCCGCUACCCACAAUGCACCUCCUCCACCGCCACCUCCUCCUCUUCCUCCACCUACUCUGCUACCUCCACUGCAGCCCACGGCCUCGCCUUUCCCCCCGGCCCUGCUACGGCCACCCCUCCCCUCGCUGCCAUACCUCCUCUCUCCAUCCUGUCUGUCAUACUCUCUGCUCAGCGCCUCCCUCGGAGCCACCCGGGGUGUUGUCAUGCCGACCAACACGCCGGCGUUCAGUCCGAUCGUUGCCGCGCCGUCUCCGGUUAAAAGCGACGUCCCUAUAGUGCAGGAUGCCGCAGGAAACACCAUCUCCAUCCCGACGGCGACUGGGGCCAAGAAGCGCUUCUGGAUCAUCGAGGACAUGUCGCCCUUUGGGAAACGCCGCAAGACACCAUCUUCACGCAAGAUGCUGGACGAGGGCAUGAUGCUGGAUGGCUUCCGGCGUUACGACCUCUACGAGGAUUGCAAGGACGGCGGCUGCCAGUUCUCACUGAAAGUGACGCAUUACCACUGCACGCGGGAGAAUUGUGGCUACCGCUUCUGCGGCCGCACGCACAUGUACAAGCACGCGCAGCACCACGACCGCGUGGACAACUUGGUGCUGGACGACUUCAAGCGCUUCAAGUCGUCGCUCAGCUGCCACUUCCCCGACUGCCAGUUCUCAGGGAACAGCACGCAUUUCCACUGCCUGCGCUGCGGAUUCCGCUGCACGGACAGCACCAAGGUGACGGCGCACCGCAAGCACCAUGGCAAGCAGGACGUCAUCAGCGCCGCCGGCUUCUGCCAAUUCAGCUCCAGCACCGACUGUGAGGUGGCCGACUGCAAGUACAAGCUCAAGUGCUCGCAUUUCCACUGCACGUUCCCUGACUGCAAGCACACAGUGGUGGGCAUGUCGCAGAUGGACUCGCACAAGCGCAAGCACGGCAAGCAGGAACGCGGUGAGCUGCAGGCCCUUUCACCCGGGAGGGACGCCCACAUGACCCCCUCCAUGCCACCGCCUGGUGUGGCCACGCCUGGCUCCGGGCCCCACUGCAUCCCACAGCACCGUCCCGGCGCCUUCCUCCCAUCGACCAGCGACCCUGCAGCACUUGAUGGCUCCGCCCCCACCUCCGGUAUCAGCCUGGAUAGCUCCCUGACGCUAGGUGCAGACACCGGGGCCUCUCUCUUCUUCCUCAAGAACACAGCCGGUCUUGGUCUGAGCGACUCGCUGGACCUGAGCUGCACGAUGCAGCGUAGGCCACUGGGGACGCCCUCCACGAUCGCCGCCACUCACCCCGGCCCACGCGGCCCGCCCCGCCCCCACCAUGACGCCGAGGACGAUCUCUCACCCGAGGAGGAGAUGAACGUGGAGGAUGAGGAGGAGGAUGAGGAGGAGGAAGAUGAGGACGAGGAGGAUGAGGAGGGCGAGGAAGACCUGAAUACAGACUCGUACGAAGAUUCUAUCCCCGAGCCGGAAGGCAUGGACGGGGAGAAGGACAGCAGAGUGGGUUUCGAUGCCCCCGUGAACCACGUCAGCGCGUCCCCCGUGGAGCAGGGCGAGGCGGAACUGUGAGGCACCCGAGCUGAAGCAGGAUCCAGCGGGAUACGAACAAACAGGACCUGCGGCCUUGUGUGUCACGCCAGGGGCUGGCGCCGAGAACGAGGCGGCAACACGUCCCUCAGCGAUCCGCGCUCAUGUUUACAAGAUGACCAACGUUAUUCGUUUUAGUAUGCAUACAGAAAAACAAACGGAAGACCUGCCCAAUGAGGCGCUUUUACACGUGGGUGCAGAACGUCGAUGUUUUCUUACACUUCGCUCUUUCUUGUGUGCGUGCAUGUUUGAAUUUAAUUUAUUUUUCUUUUGUUUGUUACUUUUUUCAUGUGUGGUAAAAACACCAUAAGAAAAAAACAUUUAUCAUAAUAUAUGUAUAACUAUAUACAGUAGGUGUGUGGAUAUCGAUAUACAAAGGGAACUGUAAGUGUGCGGUCAUUACACAAACUGCUAAACCCUUUCUACCUGUUAAAGGGAAAUCACUGUACAAAUAUAUAUAGGGGAGAUUUAUUAAAGAGGAUGCGGUAGAAUAAUGAAAUUUAAUUGAAAAACGCAAUGCAUUAUUGUUAUUAUCAUUACUAUUACAGUGCAGGGUUUCCGCACUAGUGCUCUGACGUUCCGGCAGUCGCUGAAAGCUGGUUCUCCGUUCCGUGCUCCCCUGCUUAGACACGCUCUCUGUCUCAGAUCCCCGGCGCGGCGGGACCCGUUUACCCCGCAGCCAGUGCCGGCUAGUAGCGUUCCCUCGAUCAGGGCGGACAGAAGUUUGGGCAGAGUCACUAACACACACACCCAAGGGGGGGGG